AUGGUUGAUUAAUUGUAAUAAGAACUAAAAAUUAAAUAAAAUGAAAUUGAUUCAAAUUCAUUAAAAAUUAUUUAAUUUUAAGACAAUUAAUCAAAAUUAGAAUCCUUAUUAAAUUCAUUAUAAUUCAAAUAUGAUGAUUCAAUUAAGUAAAAUGACAUUUUGAAUAAACAAAAUCAAUCUACUUUAAAUAAUUUAACUAAAGCACAAGAAGAUUGUAAUAAUUGUAAUUUAUUAGAUUUUAUAUAUUUUAGAGAUUUCUUAAAUUACUAAUCUUAAUUAAUUAUUGAAAAAUAAAGAAAAUGAUAUCGAGAAACUUAAUAAAUAAUUAUAAGAAACAUUAGAUUAAUUGACAUCGUUACAAAAAGAUUCUCAAGAUAUAACAUAUUUAUAAAGAUAGAUUUAAAUAGUAUGAUAUUAUAAAUCCUAUUAGUAGUAGUAAUUAGAUUAAUAUCCUUAAAGUUUAACAUUUUCAUAAUCAUUUAAACAUAAUAAUUGUUAAAUUUCAUAAAAUGGAAGGGUUGUUUUCGAAACUGCUAAUAGUAGUUGGUAUUGUUGUAUUUGUGAUUAAAUGAUUCCAAAACAUGGAUUAGUUAAAUUUGCAUUUAAAAUAUUAGAUAAUAAUUAAGUAAUGUUAGGAAUAGGUUUUAGAGAUAUUAUAUAAAAGUAUAAUUAUCAAAAUGCUUCUCAAAUUGGAAGAGGGUAUUUACUAUAAUUAAGUAUCUUAUAAUAGAACAUAUUUUAUAUAUUAUGAUGGCAGAUGUUUCAAUCAUGAUUAAUAAGAUAAAGAUAAUAAGUAUAUAGCAUUAUAAGUCAAAAGUAGAAAUAUUAACAUAAUUCAACAAAUGAAUAAUAUAUAUAUUGAUCUAUUUUAAUAACAUAUAGGGUAAUGA